CUGCAGGAUUUGAAGAGAGUGUUGUCCUUCCCACCGUACCCCGGGGACUACCUGCAUCCAGUGGUGUAUGCCUGCACUGCAGUCAUGCUGCUCUGUCUGCUUGUCUCAAUCAUGACCUAUAUUGUCCACCACAGCGUGAUCCGCAUCAGCAGGAACGGUUGGCACACGCUCCUCAACUUCCUCUUUCACACAGGACUAACGUUUGGAGUUUUUGCCGGAGGCAUCAAUCAGAUCAACCUGCCUUUUGUGUGUCAGAUUGUUGGCAUUGUGCUCCACUAUGCUUCGCUGUCUACCAUGCUAUGGCUGACGUUUACUGCGAGGAACAUCUGUAAAGAUGUGUCCAAAGACCCGCUUCAGGCCCAGGACAGGAACGGACUGGCCCAGACUCGCACCAAACCAACCAUCCUCAGAUUUUAUCUGGUCAGUGAUGGAAUCCCUCUCAUAAUUGUUGGAGUUACAGCAGCAUUUGGUAUGGAUAACUACGGCAGCCGGGACGACGCUUUGUAUUGCUGGAUGGCGUGGGAACCAAGCCUGGGAGGUUUCUAUGCCCCCAUGACACUUCUGGUCUUAGUCAUGUCUGUGUACUUCUUGUGCACCUACAUCCAGCUCAAACGCCACCCAGAGAGGAAGUAUGAGCUGCAAGUUCUGAGUGAGGAGCAGCAGCAGCUGUCGUCCAGUGAAUCAAACCAUCACUGCCACACAGACUCUGGCGGAUCUUCUGGACCUGCUGGGGACUGUCCACCAUUUGCUACAGGUGUAUCAGUGCUGGCCAAUGAGCACUCAUUUAAAUCUCAGCUCCGGGCCACAGCCUUCACCCUUUUUCUUUUCCUGGCCACCUGGGCUUUAGGAGGACUGGCAGUAUCACUGGGACAUUUCCUGGACAUGAUAUUCAGCUGCCUGUACGGAGCUUUUUGCGUCACUCUGGGACUCUUUCUUCUCAUCCAGCACUGCGCCAAACGUGAUGACGUGUGGCACCGCUGGUGGGCUUGCUGCCCGUCCAAGUCCAAGACAGAAGACGGGAACGAGGAUGGACAGAACCAGAGGCAGGGGCUCCAUCAGCCCCACUGCCACCUGAAGUCUCCAUGCUCAGGCAAGCAGCCGCUGCUCUCUCCUCAGCUUGUGCAGAGUUCUUACCACAAAAUGACACCACCUCCCCAGAGCCCCACACCCAAUCACACAGGUCCAUGCUGUGUGGCUGUGAUGAGUCCUGUUACCACAGCCCCCCUCUCACCUCUCACUGAGCGGGUGCCCUCGCCACGUCCACAGUCACUUCCGGACGAACUCCCUCGUCCCGUUCUGCCCUUACAGAGCUGUCUUACCGACAGAACAAAGUCACGCUCCUUCAACCGCCCACGCCCGUGCCUCCAGGACUACCGUUCCCACAUGACUUCCACCAGUAUGGAUGGGAGUGUGCACAGCUCCCACCUGGACAGCCCUCAUGCUGCACACCACCUUGAAGGCUCGCCACUGGUUUCCAGCAGCCCGCAUCCAGACCUCCAGCUCCCCUGCCCCAGCCCUCAUUUGGAUAAGCAGCUGGUUUCGUUGCAACGCCAGACUUCCUGCCACAGUGUACAAGAUUCAAUGACCUCCUGCCACAACCACACGCACAACAUGCAUGACAGCAUCAGUUCCUGUCACAGCCUCCUCCUGCCUUCUCAUGGGGUCCACACCUGCCAGUGGCACAUGUACAGCUCAGCUGAUCAUUCUUCCACCACGAGCUGCUGUGAGAAACCUGAUCCCUUCACUUCGCAGUAUCAGCAAGACCCUGACGCUUACGGCUGCAUGUUGAAGACAAGAGACAAAGAGAAGGAUAAUCUCUGUGCAGAGGUGGGGCAGAUAGGUUUCCCAAGAAACACUCUGCCUCGGCAGCAUGCCACCGUCAGCCUGCGAGGCACCAUCGGCCGCAACAGGAGCCUGCAGGAAGACAGCCUGUUCGGUUCAGAUGCCACAAGAAACAUACGGACUGGCCCUUGGAAGAAUGAAACCACCGUAUAG